AUGGCCUCAUCUUCUUCCACUGCUUCCUCUUCGGAUUCAUCUUCUUCCUCUGCUUUGUCUUUUCAAUCUCCAAAGAAAUAUGAUGUUUUUAUUAGCUUCAGAGGCGAGGACACCCGCUUCAACUUCACAAGCCACCUUCAUGAAGCUCUUCGCACAAACCAAAUAAAUACAUACAUCGACUACAGACUUGAGAAAGGAGAUGAGGUAUGGCCGUCUCUUGAGAAAGCCAUUGAAAAUUCAACUCUGUUCCUUGUGGUCUUCUCAGAAAACUAUGCAUCUUCCACGUGGUGCCUGAAGGAGCUUGCAAAAAUAUUCGAGUGCUCCAAAAAUCAAGAUCACCUUGUUAUGCCGGUGUUCCAUAGAGUGGAUCCUUCACAUGUGAGGAAGCAGUCUGGGAGUUACGAGAGAGCAUUUGAAGAACAUGAGCGCAAAAGAAACAUCAACAAUCAACAACUGCAGAAGUGGAGGGAGGCUCUUACUCAAGCUGCCAGUUUGUGUGGUUGGCAUUGUGGCUUCAAUAGGGAUGAAGCGGAGCUAAUUAAAGAAAUAGUGAAUCGUGUCAUGCAAAAGUUGGGCUCUAGGUAUCAAAGUGAAGAUGAUCUAAAAGGCCUGGUUGGAAUUCACAAAAGAAUAGCGGAUGUAGAAUCAUUGUUGUACAAAGGUUCAAUAAUUGGUGGUUGCCAAUUUAUUGGAAUUUGGGGGAUGGGCGGUGUGGGCAAAACAACUCUUGCAAAAGCGUUGUUUAACAAAUUGCGUUUUACAUAUGAAGGGUCUUGCCUUUUGACUAAUGUAAGGCAAGAAUCAAAGAGACAUGGAAUAGAUGCUUUGAGGGGGAAAAUUGUUUGGGAGUUAUUAGGGGAUAAAGAAUCUCACAUUGGCAAUGCAAUAUGUCCUUAUACCGUCAGUAGGCUUGGUCGGAAAAAGGUUUUCAUUGUGCUUGAUGACGUUGAUGAUCUUACACAUUUAGAAAAGUUAGUUGGAAGACAUGAAUUUGGAUCAGGUAGUAAAAUCUUGAUAACAACCAGAGAUAAACAAAUAUUUGGUAAUGAAGUGGAUGAUAUAUAUGUGCUUCGUGGUUUGAAUCCUGAUGAAGCUUUUAAACUAUUCUCCAACAAUGCCUUUAGAAAUGACUAUGUUGACCUAAAGAUAAGAGAGCUAGCAGAAGAAGUGACUAAAUAUGCAGGCGGAAAUCCAUUAGCCCUAAAGGUUUUAGGCCGCCUCCUAUGCGGCAAAAAGCAAGAAGCAUGGAAAAGCCAAUUGGACAAGCUUCAAAAAUUACCUUGUCAAGAAGUCAAUAAAAUCCUUAGAAUGAGCUUUGAAGGACUUGAUGAUGAGGAAGAGAAAAAUAUUUUCUUGCACGUCGCAUGUUUUUUCAAUUAUCAUUAUGAUGUUGAGGAUGUAAAAAAAUUGUUAGAUGCAUGCAAGUAUUCAACCGAGAUUGGAUUGACAAGACUGGAAGAUAAAGCUCUUUUAGAUAUUUGUGGAAGAAAAAUACGUAUGCACAGUCUGAUAGAACAAAUGGGUAAACAAAUUGUCCGUGAAGAAUCAUUAAAAUAUCUUACAUGGUGCAACAUAUUUUGGAUUUCCAAGAAGAGUUCUGCAAUAUUGAAGGAAAAUAUGGGACAUAUUGAAGGCAUGAUUAUUAACCUUUCAGAAGUUGAAGAGAUGUGCGUAAUUAUUAAAGCAUUUGAUUCAAUGCCCAAUCUAAAGCUUCUUAAGGUUUGUGGAGAUUUGAAUGGACAACUUAGGAACAAGUUUAAUGCUUCUGAUUUUUCCAAGGCCACAAGUCUUGAACAUGUUCGUCUCCUGUGGUGCCCAGAAUUGCGGAGUGUACAUCCAUCUAUUUUAUCUCUGCUCAGCCUGCGUCGUUUAAUGCUAGCCGUUUGCAAGUCCCUUACCAGCCUUACAAGCGUUACCCAUCUCCAAUCUCUCAUUGAGCUCGAUGUAAGUAGUUGCUCACGUCUGAAGGAAUUUUCAGUGACCUCAGAAAAUGAAGAGCUCCAUUUACGACUUUCACGAGCUGCCAUCAGGGGUGCGUUGCGCUCAUCAAGUGGGCAUCGCAGCAAAAUUUGUUCAUUAGAUCUAGCCGAUUGCGGAAAAGUGACAAGCGUUCACAAGUUGAUUAAGCUGCGUGGCGUUCGAGAUCUUUAUGCUGAAGGGUGUAAUGAGCUCGCAUCACGUCUCCUGUCCAAGUGUGAUAAGAUGGGUGCUUUGCAAGUUCUAUCGCUUGCGCAUUGCAAUGAAUUAUCUGAACUUCCUAAUGACAUCAGGUUGCUGUCAUCAUUACGUAACUUAAAUCUCUCAGGGACUCAUGUAGAGACCUUGCCUUCGAGCAUCAAACAUCUUUCACGCCUGCAACGUCUUCGACUGGAUGAAUGUGAAAGGCUUCGUUGUCUACCAGAGCUCCCUCCCUCGAUCUUGCAAUUGAGUGCCGCUGACUGCAUAUCCCUUGAGACCAUGCAAUAUUCACCUUUGACAAACGAAGGUGAAGAAGGAAAAGGCAAGGAAUCGCUGUGGUUUUUUUUCGCAAAUUGCAAGAACCUGAAUCGACGGGCAAUCAAAGCUGCUGAGGCAAGAAUGCUACUUGGGAUAAAGAAAGCCACUUAUGGCUAUGCUAGAUUGGAAUAUCCAGGAAAAAGAGUUCCAAAGUGGUUCAUGUAUAGGGAUAAAGGGUCUUCGGUGUCUGUGAAUCUCAGUUCGAUUCCAAAUUCUGAGGAUGGGGGAUUCCUUUUUUGCGCCGUCUUUUCUAAAUUACCAUCAGUUGUGGGAGAAAACAUUGAUGCCAAAUGGUUUAUUGAUGGUAAAUAUGCUUGCAGGGCCGGUAAAGUGUCGCUUUACCUGGGUCCGCCGGGGCUCUUCAAGGAUAUUGAUCUUUGGCAUGUUGGUCUUUGGUGUGUUCCUGAUUCACUUGGAGAACUGAAAAGGAAAAUUGAAGAAAGGAAAAGAAAUGGUCAGAGCAACAUGGAGCUUAAAGUUAAAUUCGAAGUUCGUUCGGAUCAUGACAGAAUAACAGAGAUCAAAAGGUGUGGAGUAUGCCCAACAUCUGCAGUUGAAUAUCAAGAUGGUGACAUUAAACAAAUUCAAUUGCCAUUGCCUCCUCAGCCGGGCUCUAAUGCAAUGGAAGUGGCCUCUCGAAAGCGCAAAUAUCGCAGCUAG